CGGCCUCGUGCAUUUGUGCAGAAUCGGGCUCGAUCGCCGAGCAAGGAAGGGAAGGAGGGCGAGGCUCGGGAAGAUCGCAAGAUCGGAAGAUCGAGCUUUUGCUGCUGCGGGCAGUUGGGCGGACGAAUUGGUGAGGAACUGCGGAUCGGAUUUGGGCUGUGCGCAGCGGAGGAAGGUCGAAAGGGCGCGUUGGGGAGUCGAGUGGAGUUGGUUGGUCGGUGUUUGAUGAUGGAAGGAGGACGAGGAGCGAGACCCUAUCGAACUGCGCGGUUCGAUGAGGCUCUGAAGAAACAGCAGCACGAGGAGGAGAUGGUCGAACCGGAAGAUGCAAUCAAGGCUCAUUCCGGUGCUUCGACGGACGAGCAGGAGCCUUUCAUGGGGAUGAAGGUGCGCCGACGUUCUUCCAUGUUUCGUCUUUUCAAAGGAGAUUACAUCGACGCCGAGAAUAAUGAUCAGAUCCGCAAACUUCUCACCAAACAAGGAGAUCGACAGGUACUUUAUGCAGAGAAUGUAGUGAAGGUUACCAGGAAAGGAAAGGUCGCAAGACGAAUUCUUCUUAUCACCGACAUGGCCCUUUACAUUCUAGAUACACAGUUCUACACCAUGAAAAGACGUGUUCCAUUGGCGUCAAUAGGCAAACUUUGUCUGAGCGAAUGUAGCGACAACUUCUUCGCUGUUGUCGUGCCGUCGGAAUAUGACACGUUAUUUGCCAGUGCUCGGAAGACAGAAAUUGUGACUGUCCUUGUUGAUGCGUUCAAGAAGCUUUCAUCCCAAGGAGAAACUUUGACAGUCGAGUUUUCUAACAAAUUUGAAUAUUAUCUGGACUCUGAGCAUGUUCGCGAGGUCGUCACGGAAACGGUGGAGGGUGGAGUGAAGACCAGUUUUGUUGACAAGUGAGAUCCAAUGACGUAAGCUCCAUCAACAAGGAAAGCAUGUUCCUGCUUUUCAGCCUUGUGAAUUCUCCAUUUAAAAUGUAAAUUGCGGCGCGAAGUAUCAUUCUGUCAAGGUUAAUUUCUUACUUUUGGUUCAUCAGAACUCAAGUCAUUUACGAUGCUUGGAACAUCAUGGUGUCUCUUCGUUAAUUUGGUUAGUACUAUGAACAGGCGUCCCAGCAGUUGGUAGAGAAUUUACCACACUCGUUAAAGAUGAAGCUUUUGGUGACAAUUUGAAGUGAGGCACAAAGCUUGAGUUACCACAGUCCAGAUUAAGACAACUCUCCGAGGGAUCUGAAGAAGAGUGCAGUGAAGACUUUCCGCAAGUAGGUCAGCACUUCCCAUUUACUUGUCACAUUUCUAAAUAUGAAAGGGCGAAUCUAAGAUUCAGUCUCGAGUUUCAGCUGACGUUAACCCGGCAUUUCAUUUUACUGAAAUGUAAAAUUCAAUAUACAAUCAACAAUCUCCUCGUUGUUGACACAUUCCAUCAAUAAUAAAUUUUCUCUGUUGAUAACUCAAUUGACUCUGCCAAGUCCUAUAAGAAAAAGAAAGUUGAAUCGGAAGGUGAUAUCUAGACACCUUUGAAUUCAGCCUUUUGUGAAGGGAAAUUUUUAGCCGUAAGGGAGAACAUUUCACGCUAAGUGUACAUCUCAAAAGAAUGGAAAAAUUAUCUGCACACUUUAUUUCUGCCGUUUUAUUUACACCCAACUCGAUAUUAUAUCAUCAAUAAUCUUCUCAUCAAUAAUCGAUGAGAAGAAGAUACUAUGCGGUAU